AUGGCCUGCCCCAUCACCGUUACCAAGUUCGUCGGCACUGUCUCUCUGGGCCUGCUGACGGGCAUGUCCUAUUCCACAUCAUCCAUCACGAUCCCAUCCCUCAAGCUCCUCCCCUCCUCCAGCACCGCAUCCCGCUGCUUCAAUGAGGUGAAGCGCCUCAACCGCAAAUACGCGCUGCGACUAUCCACCAUCGUGAACACCUGCUUCCUCUUUUCUUUCAGCAUCUCUCCGCCGCGACGAAAGCACCCCUAUCUCGUCUGGAUCUGCCUCGUCUCUUCGUUGUCCACCUAUGGCCUGGAUCUCUGGUUCAAUCGCCACCUGGGUCUGAAGAACUGGGCGUUGACUGCGAUUCAAGACAGCACCGGUCUUUGCCUGUCCAAGUCAUGUGCCACAAAAGAUGAGGAUAUUGUCGUCGUGGAGACCGAAGAGGAUGUGAACGGAGAGAGUGUCCAGCGCGAGAUGGACAGCGAGCGUCGCAUGCAACGUGCUCGAUCCUGGCUGGCUGUGAUCGCUCUCUCUAUGGGCAUCGUAGGCUUGUGGGGGGGAUAA